CCAACAUCAAAUAUAAACCCUGCUCCCACAGCUCAUAUGGGGGCUAGCCAUAGUCCACUCUGCACAACGACAUGGUGAUCCAAAAAAUUGAACCCCCUCUUUUGUUGAUCACGAUUAUUCCACUGCUUGAAUUCACAGAUAAAUAUGACUCUAGAAAUCACUGGAAACCUACAGAAACGGUUCGUGCAAGAUGCUGUUUUGCUUCACAAGCUAGAUCCCGUGAGGGGUAGUCCGACGGCAUACGGUCUCGAUCGACAUCCCCAUGACGCAGGUGUGUCCCGAGAAGAGUUUCUAAAGCGGAAGUUUCUCGACUCUUUUGCUCUCCUAGCUUCAAUCCACAAAGAUGGCGACAGAGUAUCGGCGGCCACCCUAGAGGUAGGAGCGCCAGAAGGCUCAGUCAUUCGCAUCGCUAGUAAUGCUGGGGUGUCCGCGUCGACACUGAUUCAUCUUGAGGAAGUGAUGGAAAUCCUUCACGACGUAUCUUUUAUGGGUCUUACGGAUGAACGGAGAAUGAGUGUCCUAUUGAAGAUGAUCAGUCUCGACAAGGCCAAAAUCUGGCAUUACCUUAUGGAACUACGGAAACACAGAUCAGACAUUUUGAGGGCCGAGCAAUUCUUGCCGCAACUUUCAUCUAUCUUCGAGGUCAAUGAACACGAAAGGUUCACCUCAUGGAUGGGAAACCUCAUUUCGAUCACAACCCUUGCAACUGCAGCUCCUCCAUCAGACAUCUUGCAUUACAUCUUAUGGGCAGAAAAGGCCAAAUGGGAGCUCUCCACCUACAUUGAGGCACUAUUCUCUGCUCAGGGCACUGGCCUACCUUCUUGGAUAUACAGUGUCUACAAGCUUGGGAGAUACGGGGUCGCCUCAAUAGCCUUGUGUCGGCUCCCGACGGAAUUUCGCGCCCUCUUUUGUCCUAUGCGAAUAGAAACUAUCAAACCUAUCCCAAGGCUUGAAUUUUUGAUUACAGAAGAGGAAAGGCCUUUGAGAGAUACUCUCCGGAGAGUCGCUGGAGGCCAGGAGCAGGAGUUCGCGAGAAGGUUGGCAACUGUCUGGGGUGUUACAGAUCCCGAGCCUCGCUUCCGAAAGGCCUGUCGUCUUGACCUUGCUGUUCAUGCCGAGAUGCAGCUUAUCGGCUUCUACGACCAAAACCCUGAGCUUAUGCCGUCGUUUCGAUUCAUGGGGGUGAGUAAGAAGAGUUGCUUCUUGUGUCAGAAAUUCCUUGAAGACCAUCCGGCAUCCUUCUCUGUAUCUUCCUGUCACCAAAAAUUGUACUUGGCAUGGAGGUCCCCACCGACAUCCGACAAAAGAGUGUACAAGACAUACAAAACAAUUACCACCAAUUUGUGUGUUCAGAUGGAAGCAACGGCCAAACGAGAACUGCAGAGCCGGAUUGGCAGUGCCAGGGUUUCCCAGCUAGAUUCUACCGCCGGGGUGUCUUUAACAGGUCUCGUUGAUUACAGGCCUCUCAGCCCUGCAGAAUCUGCGAACACAUCAGAUGCAUCUUCUCCACCAGAUUCAUCACCAGAGCUUCCACAGGAGCCACUUGAGGACGAUUACAAUGAGGCUCCUUCAGGAGUCUCCCUCGAGACAGACAAAGAGAUAUUCCCUACAACAAGUGGGGUAGGGCGCUCCGGAGAGACAAUCUUUUUACCUUCACUGACUUGCAGCGACGAGAGGUACACUGCAAAGUUCGUCUUCAAUGUCGGACGUGCUGACAAUCCUCAGAGGCGUGAUCUCGUGGCCUUGGAAGAUAUUCUGGAUACGUCACAGAAGCCUUCAUGGCGGAAGCUAAUUGAGAUUUUGAGCGAUGACGAGCACUUCGGGGUGGGAUUUGUCGAAGAAACUGAGUUUUUGAUGAUCAACGAAAACCUGUGGGUUAGAGAUGAGCGACAGUUCCUUGCGUGUCUGCAGUUCUUACGCAACUCAGGGUGUUGCAACGUGGGUGUUGUGGUCCAUACGUUUGACUCGGUGAAAUAAGACCUCUUAGUCAAGUAUUCUAUCUAGAUGAUAAUUCGGUGUUGCAUUUUAGGAUUGUAUUCACGGCAGUCGACCAGGACUUGUGCUUCGGGUUUUAGGAAGCUUGUCCCGAAUUUCUGAACCGCAUGAUUAUCCCAGCAUCAUCUAUUCUGAUUUCUGCAAUCCACGCCAGUCGAC